AUGAACUCGGAUAUGGCAAAAGACGAUGAUCGAGAGGUCAGUAUGGUGUCAUUGUCGUCGGUAGCAUCGAAUACCGAUGAUACCGAAAAUGAUGAAAAAGGUGUUUGUCCAGGGUUAUCUGUAUGUGAUCAGCAAUCUGGUUCCACUGAUAACCUGGUAAAAAUUGAAUUUGUCAAUUCUACGUACAUCAUUUAUGAUCCAGCAGGUAUCGACGUUACUUCGUAUCAAUCCUUUCUUGUUCGUAUUAUGUAUUUUUUUGUUUGUCCGUUAUAG